AGUUCAUUUCAUUUACUAAAUGAGUAAUUAGUAAUGAUGCAAAGCUGAUUUACUGAUGUUGUUUCUCUGUUUUUAACUUGGUCAUUUUCACGUUCCUUCUUUCUAAUUACGCAAAGGACAUAAAUAGAAACUGUUUCAUAUGUCAGUUUUUUUUACAGCUUUCUCACCAAACUUAAUAUGUUGAACUCCACUUCACCACCUCUGACUUUUUUCAUUCUUGGGGCUUAUAUGGAUGUUGGAAUAUUGCGAUACUUGUACUUUGUGAUAACUGCAGUAUUAUACAUCAUAAUUGUGACCGUCAACGUGCUGCUGAUCGUGGUGAUCUGUGUGAACAGGAGCUUGCAUGAACCUAUGUACAUGUUUCUGUGCAGCCUGUUUGUGAACGAACUGUACGGCAGCACAUCGCUGUUGCCCCUCCUGCUGGUCCAGAUCCUCUCUGAUGUUCACAUUAUUUCUGUUCCUCUCUGCUUCCUGCAGAUCUUCUGCCUCUAUUCAUACGCACAUGUAGAGUUUUGUAAUUUAGCCAUCAUGUCUUAUGACAGAUACCUUGCUAUCUGUUGUCCUCUCCAGUAUCACAUCAUAUUGACACAUUUCAAGGUUAGUGUUUUUAUUGUUAUGAUCUGGUUGUACUCUUUUGUGAAAUUUCUGAUCACUUUGUCACUAACAGUCCGUCUGACUCUAUGUGGAAACGUGUUAAACAGCACGUUUUGCCGUAACUACCUGGUUGUUAACCUGGCAUGUUCUGGCACCAGCGUGAACAACAUUUACGGACUGUUUGGUACUGUCCUCACAGUCUUGGUCCCUCUGCUGCCCAUCCUUUAUUCUUACACUAAGAUCCUCAGAGUCGUUUCGUCUGGGUCCAAACAGAUGAGACAGAAAGCCAUCAGCACCUGCAUGCCUCACCUGGCUUCACUCCUCAACUUUUCCUUUGGGUGUAUAUUUGAAACUCUUCAGAGCAGGUUUGAUAUGAUUACUGCACCAAGUGAGUUACAGAUUAUUAUGUCGAUGUAUUUUGUGAUCCUUCAGUCUCUCCUGAAUCCAAUCAUGUAUGGGAUGAAACUAACAAAAAUAAGACAUGAAUGUAAAAGGUUGUUCUAUAAAAAUGUAUUUGAUGAUAAACUACUUGCCUGAACACAGUUGUUUAAUGUCUAGAAAUGUUUUGCUUCUGUAGCCAUCAGUAAAUAAAUA